UUAAUUCUAAAAAUUAUAAUCACGUUCGGCCGUGGAUUUCUAUGGUAGAAAAACAGUAAAGCUAAGAGAAAAAAUAAAAGUUCUUAGUAUCAUCACCUCCGUCUCACUAUCCCUUGUCUCCCUGGGUGCUGCCGUCAGCUUCUUUGGAUAAAGAAAGAGGAGGAGAAGUGAAAGGGAGUUAGAGGGAGUGUGCCGGCGGCGCACGAUGGUACUCGGUUCCCUUAUUUCAGUGUCUGCCUCAGUUUCCACCAGUUAUAAAAUCUGAACUUAGCUUUUUCUUACUUCAUUUCAUGAGCUAUGGUGGACCUAAAGAGAAUCCUCUUGUUCUUUCGUUCUUCAUUGUUCAUUCUCUUAGCAGAUUGGCUUGAUUUUAAAUCUAAAAAGAAGAAGAGGAGAGGGAUUUGCAGUAGUAAAAUACUUUGGAUAAGGCGAUUUUCGGGAUUCUUUUUCGCAGCAAUGUUGAUGAUUAUUCUUUCCCCUUCACUCCACUCAUUCCCUCCAGCUGAAGCCAUUAAAUCCUCUCACCUAGACAGCUACCUUCGAUUACAAUCGUAUCAGGCGUCGCACUCCUCCAAGUAUCGGUUUUCUUUUCGAAAGGCCUCUGGAUUUCGUAAUGCCGACGAAUGUGGCUUCACCGACCGUAAAAUCACCGGAGUCUGCGAUCCUUCUUUAGUCCACGUGGCCAUCACUCUCGAUGUUGUCUACCUCCGUGGGUCAAUGGCCGCCGUUCACUCCAUUCUCCAGCAUUCGUUGUGUCCGGAGAACAUCUUUUUCCAUUUCAUCGUAUCGGACGCCGAUCUGGAAACUCUCGUUCGGUCCACGAUCCCUCAGUUGAAGUUCAAGGUUUAUUAUUUCGAUCCCGAGACUGUACGGAACCUGAUAUCGUCUUCUGUUAGGCAAGCGCUUGAGCAGCCGUUAAAUUACGCUAGGAAUUACUUAGCUGAUCUGCUAGAACCGUGCGUACGGAGAGUGAUCUAUUUGGACUCUGAUCUAGUCGUUGUUGACGACAUCACUAAGCUUUGGAUCACCAACCUGGGUUCACGGACAAUCGGAGCACCCGAAUAUUGCCACGCCAACUUCACAAACUAUUUCACCGGCGGUUUCUGGUCGGACCAGCGGUUUUCGAGGACAUUCAAAGGGAGGAAGCCGUGCUAUUUCAACACAGGGGUGAUGGUGAUAGACCUAGUUAAAUGGAGACGGGUCGGGUACACAAAACGGAUAGAAAGAUGGAUGCAGAUCCAGAAACGUUACCGGAUCUAUGAGCUUGGUUCGUUACCGCCGUUCCUGUUGGUUUUCGCGGGACGUGUGGCGCCCAUCGAGCAUAGAUGGAACCAGCACGGGUUGGGUGGGGACAAUGUGAAGGGAAGUUGUCGAGAAUUGCACCCUGGUCCCGUCAGCCUCUUGCAUUGGUCUGGUAGCGGUAAGCCAUGGCUAAGGCUGGACUCAAAUCGGCCAUGUCCACUGGACGCAUUGUGGGCGCCUUACGACUUGUACGGACACCCACAUUGAAAUCACAGCAAGGAUAUAUUGGCCGUUAAAAAAAGAGAAUAGGGUUGUAGGUGUGGACUGUGGAGUGCAAUGAGCAAAGACGUGGAAUCCAAUUAGCCGGUGAAAGGGGAGGAUACGUUGGUGCCAUUGGCAGCGGUGUUAAUAACUUCAGCACAGUUAUGAAGAUAAGCACAUAUAUUUGCCCUUCUGUAACUUUUUAUUUAUUUAUUUUCAUUGCCAAAUAAUGUGAUACGUGCAUACAUAUACAAUGGUGGCAUCAAGGGAAUUCAUUGUAGCGUAUAGAAAUGUUCAAAGUAGGAAAUGGGACCGGAUUCUUUUGUGCCCUGGCACCACACGUGGCCAGUUGUUUGAAUUUUAUUUUGUAAAAAUAAAAGUUAGUCAGCACCAUAUGAUUUGUUCCA